AUGAAACGAAUAAUCUCUUCAGUCAUUGAAUCUCCUGGUAAAAUUGUGGAAGUUGAAACAAAUUGCUCAAAAUUUGCUAAGGUUAAUCAAGCCGGCGUCGCCGUACCGCUCUCAAACGAAUUUAAAACUGGUGCAACCAUUACUGAUUCGUCGAUGGAGUGGGAUGAAGAAUGGCCUGAUUUGGAUUUCGACGGAAAAGAAGGGCAUUUCACCUUGGAUUUAUCAACAUGGCAACGGUGCAAAGUGUUAAACGUCGAACAACUAGACAAUAAGCGUGUAAAAGUAAUUUUGGAAGGAAAACGUUGUAAAGAAAAGGCUAUAUGCCACCUGCUACACCCAUGGAACACGAUUGAAGGUAUUGCACCAGAGCUAACAAUAUCAGUGUUGGCCACGAAAGAGAACGCUAACUCCGAAUACUUUAUAGUGAAUACUGACUAUGGUUUUUUUGUUACGGAUCCGGACAUAUUAGUGUCCUGUACCACAGUAAUGAGUUCAUUGUUUUGCCAGCGUCGGGGAGUUCUGCAGGAAUUAUUUCGUGUUCCAGGAUCGGAAAAUACCCAGAUGGUAAUUGGAAUGUUAGCGCAUUGUAUUUUUCAACGGUGUCUUUUAGAUAAAUCCUGCGAGUCCUUAACAGAUAUACAAACAAUUGCUGAAAAUGUUAUGAAAUCACGCAGAAUUAUAUCCUUUUUGUUUGCUGCAAAGAUGAGCAUUAAAGAAGCGUUUUGUUUGAUUGACCCGUAUCUUAAGGAAAUAGACACCUUUAUAAAAAAACAUGUCCACCUCCGACGAAUGCAUAAAAUUAAACCUGCUACUGACUCUGAUAAAAUUUCGAUCUGCGAGAUAAAUGACAUCGAGGAAAACAUCUGGUGCCAUCAAUUAGGUAUAAAGGGCAGAAUCGAUGCAACGGUGUCCGUAGCGCGUGAUAAUGAAUCGAAACAUUGUGAAACCAUGCCAUUGGAACUGAAAACGGGAUCUGAAAGUAAAUCUUUCGAACACAUUGGACAGCUAGCCUUAUACGAAAUGAUGAUGGAACUCGUUGGUCACGACGUUAGCGCCGGUCUAUUGGUAUACUUGCGCGACGGAAAAUGUAGCCGUGUAGCAUCGAACCGUAACAUGAAACGGGAUUUGAUAAUGUUACGAAAUGAAGUUAGCCGGUUUUUUAGUGUUUGGAUGAAAACAAACAAAAAUGGAAACACCGGUUUUGAGGAAACACUGCCGUUGAAACCCACACUGCCAGCACCUAUCAAUAAUCAAAGAGCAUGUGCAAAAUGUCAGUACAGCACGGUUUGUGCAACUUUGUCUAAACGCGAACAUGAAUUUCGCAUCAGUAGUACAUCACAUGAAUUCAAUAUGCUGGCGGAAACUGCGUGUGAACAUCUAAGAAACAGUGAUAUUGAUUACUUUAUUCGGUGGACUGGACUGAUUUAUCUGGAGAUGAAAGAAUCAGCUCAAUCGCAUACUGGAAGAAACAUUUGGAAUUUACCAGCGAAGGAACGUUCUGAAAACGGUUGGUGCAUAGCUGGACUCAAUCUGCUUUCACCGGUACAUGCCGUAGAUGAUCAAUACUUUCAUACGUUUUCGCUGAAUCAACCUUCCAAUGGUUCUGAUUCUGAUGCCGAAGAGGAAAAUACGGUGCCUCAAACCAUUGAUGCUUUUCAAGCAGGCGAAUACAUUGUUUGUAGCACCAAUAAGCGGAUUGCCAUUGCAUCUGGGCACGUUAUUAGUUGUGCCGGGAAUGAACUAGUUGUAUGCUUUGAACGAGACUUGUCAGUUAACUAUAGUGGUGAACAAUUCAUUCUGGAUAAGAAUGCAUCAGUAAAAUCGUCGGGCUUCGAUUUGUCUAAUUUAGCUAUGCUUCUUAACAACGACGAGGCAGGGGCACGAAUUCGCAGAAUUAUCAUCGAUCGCGAAAUAGCUACUUUCUCCGAUGGAAUUCUUAGCCAGUCGAUGGUUCCAAAAGCCAAAGAAAUAUUGAAACAAUUGAAUCGCCAUCAAAAAGAGGCAGCGUUGAAAGCGGCUGCUGCCGAAACCUAUUGUUUGAUGAAAGGCUUGCCUGGUACUGGGAAAACUCAAACUAUUAUAGGUCUUAUAAGGCUAUUAUCACUCUUGGGGCAAUCUGUUCUGUUGACCAGCAAUACGCAUUCUGCGGUUGAUAACAUUUUAAAACGAUUAAUUCCCUUCACAGAGCUAAGCUUCAUUCGGUUAGGACCAAUGGAUCGAAUCGAUCCAUCGGUAAGAGCAUUUGCAGAAACUAUUCUGGCUGAGAAUUGUGAUAGCCCGGAAAAAUUGACAGAAUUGUACGGGAAAUAUCAAAUCGUCGCGACAACAUGUAUGGGAACGGGACAUGCAUUAAUUUCUGAACGUGUAUUCGAUUAUUGCAUCGUAGAUGAAGCAACACAAGUUUUUCAAACUAGCAUUAUUCGUCCUCUGCUCCGCUGUAAGAAAUUCCUAUUAGUCGGAGAUCCAGAACAGCUUCCACCUGUGGUUAAAUCUGCUUCGGCGCGGUCUCUUGGAGCUGCAGAAAGUCUGUUUCAUCGAUUGGAUCAAGAAGGUUCCUACUGCAUACUUCCAAAACAGUACCGAAUGAAUCGUGUUUUAACAAAAUUAGCGAACGAGUUUACCUACAACGGCAAACUGAUAUGUGGGAAUGAUGUUGUUGCUAAUGCCACCCUCAAACUUCCCAACCUGUCAACAGUGCGUAGAAUCUACGAAGUCGAGAGGUGGUUAAUGAAAACGAUUUCUAACCAAAUUGACCUAUCGGCUGUCAUUAUAAAUACGGGUAACACAUAUAAAUUGAGUAUCCGUUAUCAAGAAUUGAACGAAACAACGUUGUCGUUGAGCAAUCAAAAUCGUUUUGCGAAAAAUCUUAUGAAAUGUACAAACAUUUCGGAAGUUGCUUUGGUAAUAUACAUCUGCCAUGCAUUGCUUCAAGCUGGUGUUAAAGGUGAAUCUAUAGGCAUUAUAGCACCUUUUCGUGCACAAGUGGAUUUAAUACGAAGCAAAAUUCGGAAACUAGAGGGCAGACAUACGACUUGCCUUCUGCAAGGUUUGAAAAUACCCUCGAAGGCAGAUAUGCUUGAGAGUGAAAAGGAAGAAUUCGAAACCUGUGGAUGCACCAUCGAGGUCAACACCGUUGACCAAUACCAAGGAAAAGAUAAAAAGAUAAUAAUAUUUUCCUGCACGAAGUCAAUUGAUCCCGCCACUGCGGCUACUGAUUAUAACGCCAGAACAGACAGCAGCGCUAACGAAAUUUUAAACGACAAACGACGACUGACCGUUGCGAUCACUAGAGCACAAGAGAAGUUCAUCAUUAUUGGCGAUAGGGCGACACUUGAUUCGUACAGUACUUUCAACACGUUAUUUAAUGUGGCAAGCAAGGCAAGCCACAUUCACGUUGUGGAUAAAAAAGAUGGGUUUGAAUGGGUUAAUGCAUUUGAAUUGCUAGCUACGUUGUCGGAGUAAAGGCCAUUUUCAUGUACUUGUUUUCACGUUUUAGAAGACAUAAAAAAACAAUU